AUGAUGCCUUCCAUCACAGAACAGUCCGCGCGCAGCACGGGCCUUAACCGCCUUUGGGCGGGGCGAGCCGCUGCCGCGAACCGCAUCGCAAUUGGCUGCGCGUGUGGGUCCCUGGGGCAGUUGGCGAGCGAUCUUGCGGGGUCGCUUUGUGACGCCCCGCGUCGGGCUGUGGCCGGUGGAGCUCGACGUGGGCGAUCGUCUGGGCGCCCAAAGAAAGACCAGGCCGAGGAGCUCUACGUGGCUGUGGAAAAAAACAAACAAAAGGACUGGUCCCGGGAAAAGUUCGUGUCCGAGGUCCGCAAGUGGGCUUCAUCCUGCGAGAUAGAGAUAUCCAUGCAGGUCAAUGAGACGACCCCGGCAUGCAACCGGUACUUGUACCGAUUCAACUGCAUAUCAUGCCCAAGCAAGACCUGUGGCGUUCGUGGCAUAGCCUCCUACAAAGCAGAGACCUUUCGCGUGAGAUCAACCUCCGAGGACCUCCACGGCGACAGGAGUCGCAGACACGGGAACGGAGGGUUGACGCUACGCUGCAAGGCUCUGGUCCGCAACUACCUGAAGGCCCAUCAGCCCUUCCGCUUGCAGCUGCUCAUGGAGCACCUCCAGGAGAAACUCGGGGGCCGUUUGCUGCCGGACGAGAAACUGGUACAGAAUUUUCUCUGCAACGAGCGCAAGAAGAUCGCGCAGGAUCCAGACCAGGAAAACCCGCGGGCCGCAUCGAAGACUGCGUGGACAAUACCGGAUUUCGAAGUUUUCAGAGCUCGGUCGCAAACUAUGCUUGGGAUUCGGGACGAUGCUCAAUUGACCGUGCUGGACUGGAGUUUUGAAGCAGACUUCUACUACGUCUUCACAGUUCCGCGCUUGGUCACCACUGUGAUGGAGAAAUUGGUGGAUGUCGAGUCGCUGCGCGUUUGCACAGAUGGCACUCACAGCCUGACGCGGGACGGUUACCGGCUCGUGACGUUCGGAUGCCUCACCAAGAGCACUGGAUCCCCCUGCACCACGUCCUUUCGCGAGCUACUCUAUGGCUUGGUGGCGAGCGAGAGUGGCGCGUCGUACCAGGGGGUCUUCCAGGCCGCCAAGCGCUGCGUCGCCAAAUUAUGCGGCGUAGAGCUGCGGCCGUGCCAACUUCACGGAGAUCUACAUCUGGGCAUUGAGUCUGCCCGUGUGCGAGAGUUCGGGGAGAACUCUUGCCAGCGGGCAGCCGACUUUGCCCACCUGAUCGGCGCCAACAGGCGGCGUCCGAUUCAAGCAGGGAAUGCGGCCGAGGCUGCCCAGAUCAACAACUGGCGCAAGGGCAUGUUCGUUGUGAUCGCCAACGGAGCCCGAAGCGCACAGUAUUGCGUUGCAACAGAGUGUGGAGUUUGA